AUGAAAGACCAUAGUGAAGAAACAUAAACAAUAAUACAUUAUUUGAAUCACAAAAGAAUUUUUAAAAGAAAAGUAGCAACAUAGUUAAUAUCAUUCUCAGAUGUCUAAGAGUUUAGAUAUUAUAAAAAAUUACUCGCUUAGAAAAUACUUUCUAAUAUAAAUAAUAAAUAAUAGUGGGAUUGA